GGUAGUUUUCCCUCCAGUACACAUGAGGGCAGCACUGGGAAGUCACUUUAACUCUUGUCCCACCUUCUCCAAAAGCAUGGCUGCCUCCAUGGCUCUCAGGCGAGAAUUAUGUUCUUUGGCAAGGAUAUUUAUCGACAUCUCACCUCUGGCACCGAGAGCUUUGAGCGCCUGUUCAGCUCACAGGAGGUUCAACAUAAUCAGGUCCCAUCUCCCGUCCACAUCCAGCACUUCCUUCCACACAGCAACAGUGUUUUCAUCGACACUUUCAUCAGUCACUGUCACAGAAGAGCCUGACUCGCUGUUUCAGAAGGUGUCAGUGUUGGUCAAAGGUCAUGACAAAGCCGUGUUGGACAGCUACGAGUUCUUUGCCACCAUGGCAGCUAAAGAGCUGGGUAUCAGCAUCAGCAAAGUGUAUGAACCUCACAAGGAUACUGAGAGGUUAACACUCCUGAAGUCAAUUCAUAUCUUCAAAAAACACAGGGUCCAGUAUGAGAUGAGGACAUACUACCGGUGCAUUGAGCUGUCCCACAUAACAGGCUGCACAGCACAGGUAUACCUUGAAUACAUCCAGAGGAACCUCCCUGAAGGUGUAGCAAUGGAGGUGACAAAGACAACCAUGGAGAAGAUCCCAGAUCACAUCCUUGAACCCAUGUGGAAGGACCACCCGGUUGAUGACAAGCCCAGCCAGUGAAUUCAGUGACAGAUGCUUACUGGAUGUCUUUUCUCAGACAUCGGUAAAUAUGUUGGGUACGUGGGGCGACAUGGAAGAAUGCAACAUUAACAUAUGGUUGUCAUCGAUUCAUGAAGUGCUCAUUAUAUAGAUUCCAACACACAAAAGGGCCAGCAGUAUAACUUAAUGACACACAACUGGUGUUUUCAUUGUUUUUUCUGUGGCAAAACUGUGUGAGAUCAAUUGUAUGUAUGUAAUUUUUUUUCAAGAAAUAAAAUGUAAUGUCAA